UCAGGAUCAGUCACCUCAGGCAGCCAUGCUGUUUACACUAUGGAGAACAUUCUCUCAUCUCUCAAUAGCCUCGCUGAGACAUGGCUGGUCUUUGGCUCAGUUUCCUGUCAUGUCGACCUCCACUACACCUUACUGAGUGGGCUGGGGCUGCUGCUUGUGUACGUCUGCUACCUGGUAUUGAAACUGGCUGUACCUUCAUUGUGGAAAAAGAAAUGCACCCAAAAGCUGCAGGAGAAAGCCGAGGGAGCCAGGGAGUCACAGAAAGGUCCUGCUUUUCUAGGUGGGAGCACUGGCCGGAGAGACACUGAGGAAGGGAAGACGCUGCAAAGACCCCCGGGCAAACCGUAUGAUCCCUCUGACUUCCAUCUGCUGCCGUGUCCAGAUUCCCUCUGCGGUGUAGGUAACAAAGCGAGUGAUCAGGCCAGCUGCCUGCUCUCUCGGGCUCCCCUGGAAGAUGGUACUGCCUCGACGUUCCAGGUGGCUUCUGCAGCUUCUACGAAGGAGCCCUCAUCCACUCUGUUCCCUCGCUUCCCUUCGAGCCUACCAGGACCUCCAGCUUCAGAAUCACUCCUUCAACCUUCCCCAUCUCCCCUCUCCACCCUCCCACCUAACCUAACCACUCAGGACGGCAUACCUUCUCCUACACCACUCAACGCCCCUCCCUUAGGCCCUCCAGUGUUGCUGGGCCACACCCCACGCAAACCGUUGGCCCCCUUUCCAGCCCUGCACGCCACUCAGGAAACACAGUUGGUUCUCCAGCAAGAAGCUCCCCUGUCUUUUGUGGAGAGCCCCACGGAGCUGCCCCCCAAUGUCUCAACAGCCAAAGGCGCUGUCUGUAAAGGACAGGCUGUGUCAGCACCCUCCCCGGCCUGGCCCAGUGCCAAAGACCAGCCCUUGACUAAGUUGCCACACAUUAAUAACCAACCACCUCUAGACCCCCAUGGCUCCCAAGCCUCGUACCGGAGACUUACAAAGACCCACACUGAAGAGCCUGGAAACAGUUUGUCUCCCACCCCUGAAGUGUUGCCGCUCUCCAAAAGGCAAGAGGAAGUAGGAACUGACCUCACUGCCUCUGAACAUAAGGAAGAGGAAACAGAAUCCUGUUCAAUGCCGCCAAACAGUUCAGGGAAAAUCUCAGCGCCGGUGGCCGGUCCACAGAACAUGGAAGUCUCCCUCCUUUUGGGUGAUGGAAAAGGGGAUCCUCACCUACUCCAGCAGCCCUCUCACCCAAAGGCCUCUGAAGACCAGUCAGAAAUCAAGGAUGCCCAGUUCUUUUGGGGCCUCCCUUCUCUACACAGUGAAUCCCUGAAGCAUGAGGCUGAGGCCUCAGGUAACAGUUACUCAGUAUGUACCGACUUCAACAAGAUGACUAGGAUUUCCGCAGGCAAUGAAUCUGCUGCCUGCACUCACCCAGUACUGCUGCCCUUGCCUGAGAGGGACCAACACGUCUGGCUGCAAACAUUGCCCGAAUCUCAGACAAAGUCUGGCUCUCACAGCGAGUCUGAGGCCCCUCAACCCCAGAUCCAAGACCUGCCACCUUCUCCUCUAUCCCAGCUUAGGGUCUGCGGGGUGCGUUUUCAUAGCCCCCCAGAUGAGGCACAGCCUCUUGGCCCAUCUGAAUUGAAACGGCUGGAAUACAACUUAUUACAAAAAACACUGGAAAGUUUGUUGGGUUUACCCACUGUGACCCAAAGAUCCCAAGAAAGCAUCUGCCCCCCACCUCCUAAGGUCUCCUUGAUGAGAAAGUCAUUCAAGCUCUGGGAUCCCAAGAACAUACUGCCUGGAGACUUCCCCAUCGCUGUAGAAGUCCGCAGGAAACUGGAGCACCACCUCCGGAAGAGACUCAUCCAGCACCUCUGGGGGCUGCCCCACAGGGUCCGGGAUUCCCUGUCACUCAUGAGUCCUCAGCCAGAGCUUCCUGAGUUCCCUGAGCCAUGGAGCAGCCAAGGGCCCUCGCUGAUCACUCUCUAUAAGCACAACACCAGAAGACAACUAUCAGGCUUCGGGAUCAGCCAAUCUGAAAGUUUCCACAAAGAGAUCUUGGCAACACUCCCUCUAAAGGAGAAAGACAUGCAAGUUCAGAGAGAUGGUCCAGGGACAGACCAAAAAGACCAUCUCCAGAGAGACUCCCAUGGGGCUGCAAAGAGCAGGGAAUUCUCUGAUACUGAGACAGACCCAGAACUUCAACCUGGGAAUCUGUCUGGAAGGUUUGCAAAGCCUUCAUGGAUCCAGCAGCACCAGAAAAUGCGUGAAACCUUUCUGCAAGAGCGUAUGAGCGGGAAAACUAAAGAAACGAGCAGAGGCAAGAUCCCUGGCCCUGAAGACAGGGGGCAGCAUUCUAUCAACGAGGUGGACCCCCCAUUUGAGACACCGCCCAGACAGCUGAAAGAUCAGGCAGGUGAGGAGGACCCACUGAAAAAACACCAGCAAAGUUUAGCUCUUGAUGCUAGCAAAGAAGAGCUGUCGGGAGAGCACAUUAAAACAUUUGACAACACGAUGACCUUUGAUCAUCCCCAAAGAGUUGAGGAAUCCUUAGAGUCCUACAAGACAAGAGUGGAACCACCCCGCUCUCUCUCUCAGUUCCACGCUCCCUCCCACGCAGAUCCUGCGGUGGAUUCUGUCCAGUCCUCCAGGUUCCCGGAAAGAAGCAGCACUGGUAGAGACGGGAUGCAGACAUUGAAUUUCACGCCCAUCCAAGAAGUGCCUCUCCCUGCUUCCUGCCCUGUGAGCCAGGUGCGGCCAGCCUCUGAGAACAAGGAGGUGUUCACAGACAAAGGCACAGCUCAAAGUGGCAGGCAGAGCCCAGAGCUGCCCAUGAGACCAGAAGAUCCCACAGAAGAGAGACUGGCUUCCAGCACCAAUGCACAGGGGCCUCAGGGGGAAAGGCUAAGCUGGAGAGCCGGUCCCAUGGCUGAGGGGUCCACGGAGCCACUCAAGGGAGAGCCCACUAAGGUCUUGACAUCCACCCAGGGCCCAUGUUCCCCAGGGAGAGAUUCGACUACAUGUCAACCCCUGCAGGGAAUGUCAGCCCCCUACAACCCUGGGACAUCUGACUACAAAGCUCAGGUGUCCAGAGGAGUCGUGUUGCACUCAGAGAGCAGACCACCCUCAGCCUCAGGAGAAAUGACUUCCAAGUGCCAGGGCCCCUCCAGUGGGGACAUGGUGGCUUCUCAGGUGCUUCGGGUGCACUUGCCCACUGCGGGAGUCAGCAUGGAGUCAGCAGGGCGGGGCCCCUGGUUCCCUGCACAUGAGUCAGACAAGUGCCAGAACCAGGAGUGUCCCCCAGCUGCCAAGAGAGAGUCCCCACUGGCAGCUGAGGCAGGAAAACUUGGUGGAGGGGAUGCAGGCUUAGGGACAUCCCAAACCAGAGGGAAGAGGCGCUCUGUUCAGGCCAGGGCACCAGAGGAAACGCAUGGACACACAGCCUCCCUGGCACUGUCACCUAAGGGGCAGCCUCCGGAAAAUCAUUUCACCAGCCAGGUGAAAUGCUUCUUGCAGUGGAUGUCCCCUGGACAAAAACACAAAGGGCAGGAGAGGUCCCUGGCCAAGGGCAGCUCCCCAUCACCACCAGUGAAGGUCUCAAGCCUCAUCAAAGGGAGAUGCGAUCUUUAUAGGAACACUGAAGCUCAGAAGUGUGUGAGAGACCCCGGGGUGAUCCUCAGGAAACCACUGGGACACAGGCAUGGGACAGUCAUCCCCUGUCCCCAGGCACCUGCGCCUCCCCCCGUGGGGUCUGGAGAAACUCAGCAGAAGGAACAGAGGCGUGGCUCCUGCUGCCAAGCUGCCUGCUCCCAAGUGCAGAAGGCUGAGUCCUGCAGCCCAGGAGAAGGGCAGACAGCCCCUAAGAGGUGUGGCGUUGCAGGAAAAGCUGAGAUGGUCAUCUCCCCCAUGCGUGCUUCACAGGGAACCCGAGUCCCGCCCAAGUCCUGUCUGUAGGCAUCAAGCUGGCCAGGGUGUCCCCGCUGCCCUUCUCCUCUGUGUUGAAGGCAAUGUUGGGAGGUCCGUUACCAUCACCCAUGCAAAUGGAUCAUCUAGAUUUCCUGCAGAAUAUGUUUUCUACCCAACAAUAGGUUUUCCUUUGCUGACAGUGUAAAAUUCUCCAAUAAACUUCCUGAAAAAUGUA